AUGGUUGGAGUAUUACAAGUCAUCGGUGCCGUGAGUGUCGUUGUCUGCAUUGCACUCCUCAUGCGAUGGAGAUUCGAUCCGUUGUAUCACAUCCCUGCUAUCGGUCCCUCCUCCCCAUUAUUAUCCUAUCUGGGAGCUUACAGAUAUUGUCGCAAUGCGAAGGAUAUGCUACAGGAAGGAUACAACAAGUACAAAGUGUUUCGGGUGCCCUACAUUGAUCGUUGGAUUGUCAUCGUUAGCGGGCCUGAUAUGAACGAAGAGCUGCGUAGAUUCCCAGACUCGCACGUGUCCUUCGAGGUUGCAGCAAGUGAGAUCAUUCAGACAAAGUACACAAUUGCGCCUAAUUUGCACAGACAUCCAAUCCACCUUCCUGUUAUCCGUGGACCGCUUACGCGUAAUCUAAAUGUUGUCUUCGCGGGUGUCAUCGAUGAGAUCCAGAAAGCAUUCGUGGAUGUGAUUCCGAUCAACGAAGAUGAGUGGACGAAGGUCCAUGCAAUCAAGGUCAUGGCCCAGGACUUUCGCCAAUUUGACCUCGAUGAGACGAGCUUGUUGGAAGGUCGUGAUCCUGAAUACCUGGAUACUGUCGUCAAUUUCACGUUCAAUGUCACAAGAGGCCGUUUCAUUCUCAGCUUCGUUCCUUCAUUAUUCAAGAGCGCUGUUGGACACAUGUUGCCGUGGUCAAAAAGAGCCAUACGUCGUGCAUCUGUAUUCCUCAAACCAUUGAUCGAAGAGCGUAAGAAGAAGCUCCGGCAACUGGGUGAUGAUUGGAGUGAUAAACCCAACGACUUGCUUAUGUGGCUUAUGGAUGAAGCUCGAAAGGUCGGAGAAGAUGAUGAUCUCGUCGUCCAGAGUGUUCUUAUGUCCAAUUUCGCCGCGAUUCACACAUCUAGCCAUAGCAUCACCCAUGCUCUUUACCAUCUUGCGGCCAAUCCAGAAUACGUGCAGCCUUUGCGCGAGGAGGCGGAGUUCAUCAUUAAGGAGCACGGUUGGACGAAGGCCGCUAUGGGCAAGAUGCGAAAACUCGACAGCUUUAUGCGCGAGUCGCAGCGACUGAACGGCAUUACUUCUUUAACUGUGAUGCGUCAAGUACUGCAGAGCAUCACGCUCUCCGACGGAACGUAUAUUCCCGCUGGUACAAUCAUUUCUGCGUCGGCCCGUUCAACGCAUGACGACAAGCAACUUUACGAUCGUGCGGACGAGUUCGACCCCUUCCGCUUCUCCGACAUGCGGGAAGGCGACAGCGAGGGCCUCAAGCAUCAAUAUGUGACCACGUCCCCCGAAUACGUUGCCUUCGGACAUGGGAAACAUGCAUGCCCGGGUCGGUUCUUCGCAGUGAAUGAACUCAAAGUAAUGAUGGUAUACAUGUUGUUGAACUUUGAUAUCAAGUUUGAGCACGAAGGCGGGCGUCCAGAGAAUCUGAACAUCUGGCAUUCGGUCCUUCCAGCACCCAACGUGAAUUUGAUGUUCAGAAAGCGUCGAGAUGUAUUGACUUGA